UCCACAAGAGCAUUGUGGGAUACAAAAUGGAAGCCUAAAGCCGAUAUGAUUGCAACUUCAGAUGCAAUCCUGCAUUCUUUUGAUCGUUUUGGCUUUGCAAAAGAAGCAUUUAGCACUUUGGAUAUCCAGUAUACCGUAUAGUUCAUCACUUGAGCCCAUGGCGUGAUUUUUAGUCCUUUAAAAACCAGGGAAAGGCUCGAAAGUUAGCUCGGAAAGUAGAGAAGUGUACUGCAUUUUUUUCGCUCGCCGCAAACGUUGUAAAAAUAUUGAAACAUUCCCAGAGAGCUUGUUGUCCGGGAUUGUUGAUGACUUAGCCAGCAUCCAUCGCUUGUGAGAAAACACGCCAGCAUGGACCUGACCGUCUGUCAGCAGCUGGAACAGUUAGUGGAACAGCUGACAACCAGUGGACAGCACCAGCUGGACAAGGCAACUGUCAAAACUCUGAAAAAUAUCUGCAAGACGUCCGAUGAGUACGUGAAGCACACGUAUCACCUGCUGAACACACAGCUGCAGAAGGACCACGCUGAGAUCAGGCUCUCUGCCUUCCAGACCAUGGACCAACUCUUCCAGCGGUCCCACGCCUUCAGGGAACUCCUCAUAGCAGAGUUUCAGGAGUUCCUUGAGCUGACUGUGGAGAGCAACUAUGACUUCCCACUGCCUCCUCCCAAGGCGGCGGCAGAUAAGCUCAAAAAGCAGGCCCUUCAGGCCAUCCAGCGCUGGCAGGACAAGUUUGGGGAGGCCUACAAGAAGCUGACUCUAGGCUAUAACUUCCUCAGGUACAACAGAAAGGUUGAUUUUAACAACAUUGCUGCCAGCAGUAAUGUAGAGAGGACCAGACAGGAGCAGGAGAGGGCCAGGAUUCAGGCUAUCAAACUGCAGAGGGCCAAAAAUGGACUCAAGGAAAUGGAAGAAACAAAGCCAGAGAUCGAUGAAUGUUUGACACAGACAGAGUCCUGUUUUCAACUCCUGGUGCCUCGAAAUGAUGUCUUGGAUUUUAACACCACUUCACCCAAGAACGUGGAACAACAUACAAACAACACUCUACCCACUACCUCACAUGGAUCAAAGCAAAGUAGAAAAAAACUGGAUGGAAAAGAUAUCAGUAGCGAUACAUUUAUUCCAAAGGGACAAGCCAGGGGACAGGAGCUGCUUGCAGGGGAAGCUUCACCUGUGCCUGGGGAUAGGGGCAGGUUGAAUAAUGGGGGAGAUUCAAAAAUGCCUGGACAGGAGGGAGACAGUGGUGAGGACAGUGAUGAUGAGUUUGAAGCAGAAGAAGAGGAUGUGGUCAGGCAACAUGGGCUCGGGUCGCACAAGUACAACAUCAGCAUAGAGUUCAACCCAGAUGACUCAGGGAUCCGUGAGGACACAGACAAUGCUGACAUCAUGGACACAUUACGGGACAUGAACAAGCUGAUAGUCAGCAGGUUCCUGCCGGCUGUGGGGAGGUGGCUGGAGGUUUUCUCCAAAGCAGGCAUGGAGCAGAAGGAGGUGAAGAGAGCCAUCGACAUCAAGCGUGCCCUGACGGCAGCCAUGGAGAAAUGUGCUGACUUGGGCAUCCACGCAGAGAACAGGACUGGCAAACAGCAGGGAAGGGAAGGAAGGAAGGGCAGUCAGGACGACAGCAGCGACGAUGAUUUUGUUGAAGUAGAGGAGAAAGAGGGAUACGAACCAAGGAUCCCUGAUGCUCUUAGAGCAGAGUAUGGGUUGGAACCGGCUAAGCCAGAAACAAAGACUAAAUCUAUAGCACCAAAACCCAGACCUGUGCCUGCAUCUGCAACUGUUACGUCUGCUGCCACAACUUCGGGGACAAAACCUCCCACCAAAAAGUCCUGGCAUCCUCUCUAUAGUGAGGACAACAACCCUUCCGACCCGACCUCAUACAGCGCAGCACUGUCCACACUCCAACCUAGCCAGGACAACAGGGUAGGAAAGAGAAAAGUUAGCUUUGAUGCCCAACCGUCUACUUCAGGAGCAUCGCCCACCAAAAAAGAACUGUUGGCGAAGGCUCCAGUAGUACCGUUUGGUAUGGAUCUGUAUACAUGGGGGGAGAAGGCAAGAAAACCUACAAUUGUCAGGGAUGAGUCUCUGCACAGAUUUUGGCGCCCGUCUGACGAGGGUGAAAUCGAGGUGAACCAUUUGGAUCCUUCUAGAGAGCGAACCAUCACGUUUGUCGGGGAGUUUGAGCCGGUCAAGUGGACGUGCAAGGCCCCAUUGUCCAACGGCAAGCUCUGCCCUAGGAUGGACAGACAUAAGUGCCCGUUUCAUGGUCCCAUCAUCCCGAGGGACGAGACAGGGAAACCUGCCAACCCUGAAGAUGCAGAAAGGGAGGAGAGGAGGAGAAGGGAACAGCAGUUAGAAGAAACUGAAGUAUCAGAGGAUUGGAGGGACCCCGAGCUACAGCGGGAUAUCGCGGCUGCCACUGGCAUCUCUAUGGGCAAUGUCCCGGGACGGGGGAAGGGCAAAGGUAAAGGGAAAGGAAAGGGCAAGAAACUCAGUAACCUCACCGACCUCAAGAAAGUCAAGAACACAACAAGGAGAAGACUGGAAAGGAAGGUGUUCAACAGUGGUUCAGUCAAGAGGGUUGCAAGUGAAAUGAACAGGCUGGACCAGCGACGUUAUAACGACAAGUUUGGCAACCAGUUCAACUAUGCCCUCAACUGACUGCUAUAGUAACAACACAUCAAAGAUUGCAUACAGGGCUGUCUACAGCUUUAAA